AUGGAGAGCCACUUUGAGCGAGUGCUCGCCGCGCCCGCCGCUGUCAAGCGCCCCGCUGUCUCUUCGAUCGCACCUUCAGCUGCUAAACAACCGCGUGUAUCUCAUACAGCUACUUCUGCGCAAAUCAGCGCCGUAGUCGAUGGCGCGGAAGCACAAGAAGGCGACGCUUUGGACGCCCGAUCGCUCAAGUCGAGGGCCAAGUCGCUGCUAAAACAAGUGCAGCGCAAUGCGUUGGACCGGGAAAAGCACGUCGACGAUCCACUCAAGUUCCUCGAGUCGGAGCUGGCACUGGAUCACGAGUUGAAGCGCUGGCAACAGGUGGCUGCCAAGCCCGAGCUCUUUGGCGUCAUGAUAGAGCUGCAGGUACCUCGCGUGCUGUUGGGACUGUUUGCACAUGAUAAUGUAGACAUCCAGCUGUCUGUGCUGAGUCUAUUGGCGGAUCUGACGGAAGUGGACGAUGCCGUAGAGUCACAGGAGCCAGCUAGAAAGCUCGCUCAACAUCUUGUGGACGAGGAGCUGCUGCCGUUGCUGGUCAAUAACUUGUUCCAAUUAGCAGCAGUGGUUGAGAAAGAUGGUGAGAAGGCAGAGGAAGAGACUUCGGGCAUGUACCGUUCGCUGCAGAUCUUGGAGAAUCUAGUGGACCUCGAGCCCCAAGUGUGUGUGGAGGUGGCGACGAAGACGGCAGUGCUGCCGUUUCUUUUGCAGCAAGUGGCACCGACGAAGGGCUUUAGUGAGAACAAGUUGUACGCAAGUGAGAUAUUGUCGAUUCUGCUGCAGUCGAGGGCAGAGCCAAGAGAGGAAUUUGUAGCGCGGUCGAGGAAGGAACGGCGAAAGGAAGAGGCAGAGCCUGUGACGAAUAGCAGCAAAAAUAGUCAGGCGCAUCUUAUGGAUGACUUGCUGCAAGCACUUGCUCCGUUUCGGAAGAAAAAUCCAGCAAGUGAUGAAGAAGAGGAAAUGGUGGGAAAUUUGGUGAAUGCUUUAUGCAGUACCCUGCUUGUGUCGGAAGCACAGACGCAGUUCCGCCACCUAGAAGGAUUAGAGCUGCUGCUGCGCUGUAUGAAAGAUCGUCGACAAUUUGUCUUUGGCGGCGCAUUGCGUGGUCUGGAUCACGCACUUAUGGGCAACGUGCGUAAUUGUGAACGCCUGAUCGAGAUCGGAGGUUUGCGCAGCGUUUUCUCCGUCUUCAUGGGACGGCUCGGCAAAUACAAGUUGCGUAGCAACUCGAAAUCGAACAGGGUGAACGAGCGUGCAUUGCAGGAGGAAAAUGUGGCUAGUUUGAUAGCUUCCAUGUGUGCCUGGGUGCGUAAGGAUGCUCCUGCUGAUGGCUAUGACCGUCUCCAUGCAAAGUUUGUUGAAAACGAUAUGGAAAAAAUCGACCGAUUGGUGGAUCUGUUUGCAAAGUAUCAAGAUCGUGUGGAACGUAGCAGUCAUGUUGACGAAAUGGAGGUCGGAGAGGAGGAUGAAGAGAGUCGGUACUUGCGACGUCUCGACGCUGGUUUGUUCGUGUUAGAGCGCAUCGCAUUCGUGGUGGCACAUUUGUGCCACUUUUCGAAGAAACUCCGAGCCUACGUAAUGAUCAAGUUCCACGAACGCAGUAUUGAUAGUGCGAGUUUGACAGCUAUCUUACGCGGGCAACUGAAACUUCUAGCUGCCGAUGAAGCUGUCACAAGUGACAACGAUGAGACGAGGAAGGAAAGUGUGAAAGACGUGGUCAACGAUGAAGCAAAAGAUGCUCAUAAGGCACAGCUUCAGCAGCUGUUGGAGGCGCUAGAAGCCGAAGAAUUGCCCGUGGAUGAUGAGAACGAGCUCACGAAGGAGACAGAAGCUAAGAAUAAUGAAAAUAGUUAG